CAGUUAUCUGCUCCGAACUGCAAUCCAGGUGCUUACACGAGCCCUUUCCCAGAUGAACCGUUUCUGCCUUUUGAUUCCAUCAAGGCGAACAUAUACCGCUACAGGCAGCAACGCUCCGUAAAUCUGGGUUCCUGGUUCGUGCAUGAAAAAUGGAUGACUCCUUCGUUGUGGGACUGUGCCAGUGGCCCCAAGAUCUCUGAAGCAGACAUUGCGUAUGGAUGGGGAUCUAUCGACGGCGCGAGAGCUGUGCUUGAACGUCACUGGGACACGUUCAUCACGCAAGAAGAUCUUGAUUACCUUGCCAGCAUCGGCAUCAAUACUGUACGCCUCCCUAUAGGAUACUGGAAUCUCGGUCCUGGAUUUACUGGCGGCACUCUCUACGACCCUGUUGGCGACGUGUACAAGAAUUCUUGGGUCCACGUUGUAAGAGCAAUCAAUAUGGCAGCAAAGGCGGGAAUCGGGGUCCUCGUCGACCUACAUGGUGCCGUAGGCAGCCAGAAUGGACAGGACCACUCCGGCGUAUCCGACAAAGGUGUCUGGCUUUUCAGCAUCCCGGCUAACAUGGACAAAACGAUAGCUGUCCUAACCUAUCUUACCCAGCAGCUAACGUAUGUCACAAACGUGGUCGGCAUACAAAUCCUCAACGAACCGGUCGACGACCCUGGUCUCUGGGGCUUCUAUGAUCGGGCUAUUGCGGCGAUGCGCGCUACCUUGCCAGAAGCAUGCAACCUCCCUUUGUACAUUCACGACGCCUUCAACCUAGGGAAGUACAGCGGAUACGUCGCCCAGCAUAACGACUUCGUCGUCCUCGAUCACCACUCCUAUUUCGUCUAUACCCCUCGAGACGCCAGCGAAUCCGCUCAUAAACACACGUCAGACAUCGAGAUGUACACGGCCGCCGACCUGAGCCACGCCUCGGCUACGACGAAGGGCAGGCUGGUCGUCGACGAGUUUUCGUGUGCAUUAACCCAACAGAGUCUCGCGAAGGAAGCGGAUCAAGAUGGAGCAAGGCGGGCCUUCUGCAGCGGCCAAGACCAGGUGUAUCUCAAUUCGACCGCUGGUUGGGCCUUCUGGUCGUACAUGAAGGAGGACUGCGAGAACGACAAGGGCUGGUGUUUCCGAGCUGCAGUGGGUGACGAUCUGCCUGCGACUUUCUUCUCCUACGGGAACGACAAACCCACGGAUGAGCAGCUCGGCGCGCUGUCUUCUGUCUUGACAUCGGCGCCUCCGGUCCAGCAAGCCUCCGUCGAGCAGCUAUCGCUAGACAGCACCGAAGCUGACUCACGUGACGGCCCGUACGACUCGCCUGACGCAGCCUCCGGCCGGGGGUACAGCGACGGUUUCAGCACCGCAAAGAUCUUUGCUGCUCAUGGCUUGUCCAAACUUGGCUUCGUCGAACAAUACAUCACGGACAGUAUGCUGCUGCUGCACCUGCCUGAGGGAUCGGAGGGAUACUACCGCGACGCGUUCAUCGCGGGUUUACGAGACGGAGAGAAUCGCAUAGCUACC